ACAUUUAAUUAUAAUCCAGCUUCAGAGAUAACUUAAAGAAGUAUAGAGAGAAAAUUCGUUAUGACAUCUGUCGCCAGAAAGGGCAACUCAUUACCACGUUAAAACCGUUGCCAGAACGAAAAUCAGAAUAAUACCCCUAAUAAUAUAAUGAAGUGGAGAGAAAUCACCACCAGCUCGCCAGGAAUGGGGAGUUCUCGCUAUAAAACAGGACUCCCCUUUUCUUUCGAAACGCAGGAAAAGGAGGGGGGGGUGGAAUUUUGGAUCUGAUUCGUUAUUUAAAAAAGAAAGAAAAAUAGGGGUUCAAAAAAAAAAAAAAAAAGAAGGGAAGGAAGGAAGAAAGGAAGGCAAGCAGGCGGCAAAGCUUUCUCAAUGUGUAACGCUGUAACAUAGGGACGGGACUUGUGUGUAUUCUCGGUAGUUUCCUCUGUUUGAUGAGUUUUUGUGUCAGCCCCAGAUAUUACAGCUGUGAUCAGGAGGUGGAUGGAUAGAUAGAUGAAUGGAUGGACAGAUAGAUAGAUAGAUUUUAUUUCAGUGCGUGGAUUCCUUUCGCUCGGCGGUAUUAAGGGCAGGCUGGGCUGUUUAUGAUUUUUUGAACAGACCUUUAUGGCACCAGCCCAAGGUAGGAAAGGAUCUUUUGUUGCUGGGGUUGCAGCUCGCAGGCUUAGACGCUUCUGCAGUGGGAGAAGCUAUGCAGGACAACGUGCUUGGAAGAACCGCACCCGGGGCUUUAAAUGACAAACCUCCAGUUUUGGGGUCUUCUUUUCACUUCUUCCUUUCAGAUACGUCAUGACGGAUCAAACAGUUACCGUUUGAUGCAGCUUGGAUGCCUGGAGUCUGUGGCCAACUCGACCGUCGCCUAUUCCUCCUCGUCUCCUCUCACUUACUCUACCACGGGCACCGAGUUCGCCUCCCCGUACUUCUCCACUAACCACCAGUACACCCCACUGCAUCACCAGUCCUUCCACUACGAGUUCCAACACAGCCACCCGGCAGUCAACCCCGACGCUUACUCCUUGAACUCUCUCCACCACUCCCAGCAAUACUACCAGCAGAUCCACCAUGGGGAACCCACUGAUUUUAUCAACCUGCACAAUGCGCGGGCGCUCAAGUCCUCUUGCUUGGACGAGCAGAGGAGAGAGCUGGGGUGCUUAGAUGCUUACCGCCGCCACGACCUGUCUCUUAUGAGCCAUGGGUCCCAAUAUGGGAUGCAUCCAGAUCAAAGACUCCUGCCAGGACCAAGCCUCGGGCUUGCAGCCUCGGGAGCAGACGAUUUGCAGAGCUCAGUGGAGGCCCAAUGUGGACUUGUACUGAACGGGCAAGGAGGUGUGAUAAGAAGAGGUGGAACAUGUGUUGUUAACCCCACCGACUUGUUCUGUUCUGUACCUGGUCGCUUAUCUCUACUCAGCUCCACUUCAAAGUACAAAGUGACCAUUGCAGAAGUGAAGAGGCGCCUUUCACCACCAGAAUGCCUCAAUGCUUCCCUCUUAGGAGGCAUUUUAAGAAGAGCAAAAUCUAAGAAUGGAGGACGCUGCUUGAGAGAAAAAUUAGACAGACUGGGACUGAAUUUGCCUGCAGGAAGAAGAAAAGCAGCAAAUGUCACACUCUUGACUUCCUUGGUAGAAGGGGAAGCAUUACAUUUGGCCAGAGAUUUCGGCUACACCUGUGAAACAGAGUUCCCUGCCAAGGCAGUGGGAGAGCACAUUGCCAGACAGCACAUGGAACAGAAAGAGCAGACAGCAAGGAAAAAGAUGAUCUUAGCAACAAAACAAAUAUGUAAAGAAUUCCAAGAUCUUCUGAGUCAAGACAGAUCACCCCUUGGAUCCUCCAGACCGACUCCAAUACUAGACCUCGACAUCCAGAGACAUUUAACACAUUUCAGUUUGAUCACUCAUGGUUUUGGAACUCCUGCAAUAUGUGCUGCCCUAAGCACUUUCCAAACUGUUCUCAGUGAAAUGCUGAACUACUUGGAAAAGCACACAUCGCACAAAAACGGAGGAGCGGCAGAAUCCGGCCAAGGACACGCCAACUCGGAGAAAGCCCCCCUGCGGAAAACUUCAGAGGCUGCUGUGAAAGAGGGCAAAACAGAAAAGACAGACUAGCUACAUCAAACAGAAUCUAUUUCAAGAGAGUCUUGCUGCUGAUAUUUUUUUUUAAAUAUAUAUAUCAUUGAGGGCGAUUUAUCUCCAGUGGACCAAAUCCAAAAAAGGGGGGAAAAAAGAGAAAAAAAAAAAAAAAAGGAAAAAAAAGAAAAAAAGAAAGAAAAAAGAGAAAGAUUAAAACAGAGAAAGAGAGAGCAUGAGAGAGGAAAGUAUUCAAUCCUAAGAACAGCAGUGUACAGUAAUUGUGUGAUGAAAUUGUCACUUUUUUAAAAUUUAUGUUGCUCUAAACUACUUUUUCGUGCACGUAGUAUUUGAUUGUUCUGAAUGAUACACUAACACUGUUUUUAUAAGCACUUCUGGACUUGGCUGAGGUGGCACAUGAAAUUUGUCACAGGCCAACUUGAAGCACUUUCUUCUCUGGCAGCACAGUUAGGGCCAGCACAUCGGUUGUGGGACAUGCAGUUCCAGCAUACUGGCUUUGCUCACAUGCAGGAUAGAUUGAAAGAAGGGCUUCCUCUGAUCCAUCAGAAAUGCCUGAUCCAGACAUCAUUGGGAAAAUAAUAUGGAUACCUGGCAAGAGAGGAAUCUGUGGGUCAUGGGACAAAUGAACUGUUUGGUAUUGGGGGCUGCAUAUCUCCACAUGGGAUUGUACAAUAAAGCUGCACUGGAAUGAGACCAGAACCUGUUAGGAAUCUGUCCUGGCCAUUCAAGCAGCUAAGGUGUCUUUUGUGAGAAGAGCAUGGCAGACUAAAUGGGGAAAAAAUAUCCACACUUGAUAGUUUAAUUAAGAGCCCUGAUCCCUCUGUGAACUUCAGAUUAAAUGACUGCAUGGGCUUCUGUCCUCUAUCUUCUCAGCCCUUGGUCCCACAACACUGCAGUCUGCCACACCUGGGUUUCUGUUCAACAGCAUCAAUGCAGGCAAUCGGAGUCACCUUUUGUGUUGCCAUGAUUUUAUGAUGCUUUUUCUUCAACAGCUUGUUUCUGCAGCUUUAUUGUUUUCAGAAAUCCAGCUGAGGUGCAGAGGUCUAACAGAAUCCACUCAUCUAUAGAAAAAAUAAAAUAAAACCAAAAUGACAUGUAAGAGAGAUUGGUACAGUCCACAGCAGCUAAGUGCUUAAUAACUUUGUGUAUUUUGAAAUAUUAGUUCACCACCCAGCACACAUCCUCACAAAGAAAACACUGGAGGCAUAGUUUGAGCUCAAGCCUCUGAGUCAAGAGGCAUUUCCCAGCCACAUUCUGACUUCUUCAAUGAAACUUCCAUUCAAUUCCUUUUCUUGUUUCUCUCAUAUCAUUUUAUUGAGAAAGUUAGGGAGGAUUGAUAUUGUAGGGUGGGGUUAUACUGACCUUCAAACUCUUUAAAAUCAACAUAAUAAGAUCUUUUCUUCCAAAAGACAAUUCAUCUCUUUCUACAGCAGGAAAAAAAAAAAAUACAGUAGUCCAUGUGUAAGUGUUUAUAGCUAUUUGAGAUGCUUUAGGGUGUCCAAGACAGCCACAUAGUUUUGACAGAUAUGUCAAGAAACCAAUAGGGUGUCUGGAUUCUCCUGGAAGAUGAUAUGGAGGACCUGAGAAGACAGCACUAGAGACAAAUGGGUGGCCACCUGUCCUGCACACCAAGUGCCUAGGAUGGGUGGAAGGGAUCAUCUGGAAGUGCCUGUCUUUCUCCAUGGAUAAUAGCCAGAAUUUAAUGGUGGUAUUCUGUAUUGCACAUGACUACAACUGGACUGGUCACCCUCUUCUCCCUAUAAUUAGUGGAAAGAGGCACUUAUGGUGUACUCUUCAUCUUACCUCAAAACAGCAAUGAAUCAUGCUCUUGAAGUGUGUCUUUUUCUCAACUAGAUAAGAAGGAAGCCAGGGAUAAAAGUGCUCAUACACAUUGUCAUUUUCUAGAGCUAGUUAAAAUACAUUACAUCUUGCAUGACCCGCUUUAGAUUUAUCAACCUAGGGGGUAUAAAAACUGUCCAAAAGCAUUUACAGGUAUGAUGUAGGGAGAUGAUUAACAAGAUCAUCCUCAGCUUUCAAAGGUAUGGAAGGAAACAGAACAGUUAUGGCAUGGCACUAUUCCUCUUGAGACCAGUAAGGACAUUGCCAUCAAGGCAAGAAAACAAGCUAAAACUAUCUGAGUCCCUAUUUGCUUGUAGCAGGAAGGCAGGAAGGCGAUAGAAAGGUGAAAGAAAGAAAGGCGAAAGAAAGAAAGAA